CAGCGGCUGUUCGCUCCUGCCUGCCUCCCUGCGACAGCUCAGCAGUGGUGUGGUCGGUCUGAACGCAAGUAAACGGAAAGAAAAACACUCCACGCGUAGAGAAGGCCUCUGCCCCACUCUCAGUCUUCUUCCAGUCACAGCGGCGACGGAUAAUAACACAAACAUACAAUUUUAGGACCGAUUUGCGCUCUUUUUUUAUCCGAUAGCCUUGUAGAAAGCAAGUUUCAUAAUGGCGACAGCUGCGGUGUCUGCCCCUGCUGGCUGCGGCCCCAGCCCCGGACCGGGAACGGAGCUGGUCCGUGGGCAGGCCUUCGACGUCGGGCCUCGGUACACCAACCUCUCUUACAUCGGGGAGGGUGCCUAUGGGAUGGUGUGUUCUGCCUAUGAUCGGGACAACAAGAUCCGUGUGGCCAUUAAAAAGAUCAGCCCCUUUGAGCACCAGACCUACUGCCAACGCACCCUGAGGGAGAUUAAAAUCCUUCUGCGCUUCAAGCAUGAGAACAUCAUCGGCAUCAACGACAUUAUCCGCGCACCAGCCAUCGAUCAGAUGAGGGAUGUCUAUAUUGUCCAGGAUCUUAUGGAAACAGACCUGUACAAACUCCUGAAGACCCAGCACCUGAGCAACGACCACAUCUGCUACUUCCUCUACCAGAUCCUACGAGGGCUCAAGUACAUCCACUCCGCCAACGUCCUGCACCGCGACCUGAAGCCCUCCAACCUUCUGCUCAACACCACCUGUGAUCUCAAGAUCUGCGAUUUCGGUUUGGCCCGUGUGGCCGAUCCCGACCACGAUCACACUGGUUUUCUUACAGAGUACGUGGCUACACGUUGGUACCGGGCUCCAGAAAUUAUGCUCAACUCCAAGGGCUAUACCAAGUCCAUAGACAUUUGGUCGGUGGGUUGCAUUCUGGCUGAGAUGCUGUCCAACAGGCCAAUCUUCCCUGGGAAGCACUACUUGGAUCAGCUUAACCACAUUUUGGGAGUCCUGGGCUCUCCUUCUCAGGAGGACCUCAACUGCAUCAUCAAUAUUAAGGCCAGGAACUACCUUUUGUCCCUGCCUUUGCGCUGCAAAGUGCCGUGGAACCGCCUCUUCCCAAAUGCCGAUCCAAAAGCUCUGGACCUGCUGGACAAGAUGUUGACGUUUAACCCUCACAAGAGGAUCGAGGUGGAGGAGGCUCUGGCACACCCCUACCUGGAACAAUACUACGACCCUUCAGAUGAGCCUGUUGCUGAAGCUCCCUUCAAAUUUGAAAUGGAGCUUGAUGACCUACCCAAAGAGACGCUGAAGGAUCUCAUCUUUAAAGAAACUGCACGUUUCCAGCCUGACUUUAGGCCCUAACACCACACACAGAUGACUCUGGACAGGCUUCUGCAUCGCCAUUGCUCCUCCCUGCCUCCACACUGUUGCUGUGAUUUAUUUGGUUUUGUUUUGUAUUCGCCUCUCCUGUUGUCCCCAUCACCUGGAUUCCUUGGGUCUCUCUCAUCAAGUCCACUUUGCUCAGGAACGGCGUCAGGAAUCAAUCCGUCAUCCUCCGUCUCUCCUCCUUUCUCUCCUCAGAGGGAGGGGGUGAGGUAAAGGGAAAGGGUGGGGGGAGUCACAUCACAGCUUAGUUUGGAGGUAAUUUUGUGUUUUGAAGCCAAGAUAAACAGUUUUUUCUGUGUUUGUGUCUCAAAGGCUUUUGGCUCUUACGAUUCAAGACCUUUCCGUGUCCGUUGAAUGACGGUGAUACACUAGCUGUUGUGUUUUUGGGUGCAGCUGCUUCGCACAAACGGUUAACUUCUGAGAAUCAUGCAUCAUUAAAAGGAAAAAGGUCUUUUGAAUUUUCUAACCUUUGCGACGAUGUUACAAGGGAUGUGUGUAGUUUCUCUUUAGGAAAAAACCCAAAUUAAAUCACUUGAUUUAUGCAAUGUAAUCACAGAACGAACCAGACCUUUUCUGGACACAAGCCAUCACUAGGUGUCGAUGAGGAUCUUUUUAUUUAUCCAGCCCUGAAUUUUAAAACUUACUCUCACAGAAAGCCCAGAUGCAAGUAUAUACCUGCAUAUAUAAAUAUAUUUAAAGCUUGAAGAGUCUUAAGAUAUUUUAAUGUUUAAGAAUGAUGAUAGAAAGUGAUUGAUGAAUUUAUAUCCUUUUUUUUUAUUUUUAAUAAACAUUUUAAGAAAGCCCACUUUCUUUUCUCCCUGGCUUUAGUAAAACAAAGUGCAGAGAUGUGUAUUUUGAUUAAAACUUCUGCCUUAGCCAUGAGAAAAUCCAGUAAAACUUUAUUUCACGCAAGUUUCUAUGUAUAGGAGGAUAUUUUUUGUAUUUGUGGGGAAAAUUUACACUCGUCAAGGCAGGAAUUCAGUUUUCACACAGAACUCGUCUUGCUGUGCCUCCCUCUGUUUUGCGAUUUCUGUCGUCGUCUUCGGUGUCAGUCGAUCUUUCUCGCCUUGUUAGAAUAAAACUGUGCCCUUUGCAUGACUGUUAUAAGCUCUGUAUACAAAGACGAUGAUGUUAAGUGCCACACAAGCCGGGCAGAUCCGUUGGGAGAGCGCCCAGGCUCUUUCUGUUCUACCCUUCAUGGUGUAUCACUCUUUCCAGACAUGGUGCUUUUGGUCUUUUUCUUUUCAUGCCUAGCAUCCUCUCUGUCUAAUUACUUUUAUUAUUCCCCUCUCCAUUCAACAGAUUUCAGUCUCCACAUUGCCAAACUGUCUGCAUGGUUAGACAUUUUGUGGGUUUAAAAAGACAAAAACCACAAAGUGUUUCUUUUACAUUAUGCUCCGAUGUUAAGUCAUUCUUUGGUCAUUUUUCUUUAAAUUGCACAUUUAAAUGCUGGUAACAGUUGGUAGCUUCUGUACAGACAGACAGCUCCAGUAAAACUAAGCAAACAUGCAUAAUUUCAGCAGAGGUCAAGACUGUCUCUCACUGCUGUCUUGAUUGAAGACUGUUAAAUUUAAAGUUUUUAUUUUAAAGAAAUUUAAACAAUGAUGCAUGUGGAUUAGCAAAUGUUCUUGAGGAUAUAUAUAUAUAUAUAAUAAAAACAAGGAGGCUUCAGUCGGCUACCAUGUCAUUUGAUGUGAGCAGCACUGCGUCCAACAGCUGUCGUUUCAGUUUGUUCAAAAAGAGCCUCAAACAUGUUCGGUGUCGUGGUGCACCGGGCUUUGGGUCCAGCUGCAUCGCUGCGACUUCAGAUGGAAAACAAGAACGUUCCAAGUAAAAUGGAGUGCUGUUAUUUACUAGACCUCGUUAGUACUUAAAUCUUAAAAUCGAGAUUUUAAAUGAGGAAUGAGGCAUCUUCAGAGGUAUUGGUAUAUUAAAACCAAUGCACCGAGUCUUGUUCAGAAACAAAUAAUGAAAUCCAGCUUUAAGCUCUUUGAUUUUUAAGUAAAAUUUGAGACACAUCGGAGUUGCUCUGAGAAAUUAAAUCAUAAUACGGAGCCAAAGACCCGCUUUACUAUAUUUGUCUUCUGCUCUGAUUUAACUAACAUUAACUGAGGUGAAGUAUUCAUCCACUGCAACUCUUUUUUUUUUUUUUUUCCUUUUUUAAAUGUUGGAUGCUGAUUGAACAUCACUCGUGGGUUGUCUCUUUUCAAAUCAACCUUGAAUAAGAUGGCGUCUCCUUUGGGAAAUUUGUGCUAUCUUGCAAAAAAAAAAAAAAAAGCAACAAAAAUGUAGUUCAGAUUAUUUUAAAAUAAAAAAUGUAGAUUAUUUUUUGUCAGGGGUUUUAACAGCGGGGAGUCCUCACUCGGCCACUUCAAGAGAGGCCAGCUCGACGCCUCGCCUUUGGAAGCGCAACGCGAUGCCACUGGGUAGAAUGGAAGCGUUGAAAUAAAAGAUCCCUGGAGAAGAAAGAUGUAUCUUAGAGAGGACGCUAAAGCUCUGCUGAAAUGCACUCAAGCCAUAAUCGGUCAGCCUGUUGCACCUCUGACCACACCCAACUGUGAUGUCACAGUGUACCGACACACCCUCGGGAACACUUCUGCAUCACAGCAGCCACGUGAGACGCUAAACCACGGCAGGUCAACAAAA